CGUAAAAAAAAAGUUCGGUGGCUCCAGCUCCGCCGCUCGUCACCUUUGAUCGGCGCAGAGGGAAGACGCUUUCAGGGGAUUUAAACACGAUGAAGAUCCGAAGUCAACUUCCAACAAGUGACGUGCGACACGCAGGACCGUGGGGGGGACUGUAACCACCCCACCACGUCUGCGGGGGGAACUCGCCGCGCAGGGAAAACGGUCACGAGUGCGCGGAAGUUUGUGUUUACUGAUGUUGUGGUAGCUAGCUGGCUGGCCCUGUUAGCUUGCUAGCGAGGGGAGGUGCGCGCUGCGUGCACGGCUCAGUAUUCACAACUUAACGUGCGAGUUGGAAAGUCCAUUUGGAAACUAACGUUUAAAACGUUUCCUCUGUAAUAGCGCCUGUUUGUUUGCGUGGCUGCCAAACUCCUGUAGCCACGAGCUUUGAAUCUUGAGGGGGUCGUGUCUCAAGCGCUGAUUCGCAGAGAAAGGAAAACGCACGAUCACGCAUCGAGUCACGAUCCCGCAGGUACAGCUCACCGAGCCAUCUCCGUUUACCCCCUGGUACGAAUGACGGAUCAGGCUGACAGCUCCGGACCUCUCGACCCGUCCCCCCCCCAUAGUUCAACGUCUUCGUCCGUGAUGGGCCCCUUGCUCGGCUGGUGAGACGCGUGGAAACCGAUCGGAAGUCUAUUACCAUGGGAGGAUGUGUCGGGAGAUACUGGGAGGGCUGGGAGGACACACACAGCCGAGGGUCGUCCAGGAACGGGGGGCGAGGAGGACGUAAUGAGCCUCUCAAGAAAGAGAGGCCCAAGUGGAAGAGCGACUACCCGAUGACGGAGGGCCAGCUGCGGAGCAAGCGGGACGAGUUCUGGGACACAGCGCCGGCAUUCGAGGGCCGUAAAGAGAUCUGGGACGCCCUGAAAGCCGCAGCUGUGGCGCUGGAGUGCAAUGACCACGAGCUGGCCCAGGCCAUAGUGGACGGAGCCAGUAUCACACUGCCACACGGUACUCUCGGAGAGUGUUACGAUGAACUCGGGAACCGCUACCAGCUGCCCGUCUACUGCCUGGCUCCACCCAUCAACCUCAUCUCAGAACGCAGCGACGACGACCCCAGCGACAGCCCCGAACCCACCGUAGCACCCAAAAAGGAAUUCCAGCUCAAGGUACGACUGUCCACAGGUAAGGACCUGCGCCUCAGCGCCAGCAUGUCUGACACCAUCGGGCAGCUCAAGAAGCAGCUGCAGGCCCAGGAGGACAUUGACGCCACCCACCAGCGCUGGUUCUUUUCCGGCAAGCUGCUCACGGACAAGUCGCGGCUGCAGGACACCAAGAUCCAGAAGGACUUUGUCAUCCAGGUCAUCGUCAACCCACAGGCCCUCCAAGUCCUCCAAGCCCCCAAGCCCUCACCCCCCUCACCCCCCCCAAGUGAAUAACGAAGAACAAAGGUGGGACGAUGCAGUGGGUGGCCGACACGAGCAGAGCGGAGGUGCCUCUGAAUGCUGGAUUGAGAUAGAACUGAACUUUGGAGGUGCGUAAAAAAAAAAUCGACAUGAGGGAGAAACUCUUAAGUGCUGCUUUCUUUUAUCUAUCACGUGUAAUUGUACCUUUUUUGUUCGGGUUGUGUUGGGUUGUUGUUAAAGUGAAUCCAGUACACUCUGGAGUUCCUCUUCUUGUCACUUUGAACCUGUUCAAAUUCAAGCUGGACGUGUAUUUUAAUGAGCAGCCGUUUUAAACACAAACUGUGCACAUCACGCUGCACACGCAAAGACUCGGCCUCUGUCCUCUUUGUCUGCACUCAUGGAAACUAGGUGCCAAUGGACAAAAUGCAGAAGUGCUGGAGUUGGUGGACGCCCACGGACGGGACUCCUCCACAGAUACAGGAGGGGAGGGCAGAGAGUUCAAUCCCAAACUUUUCCUUCUUUUCUUUUGUUGAGGAAAAGAUGUAAUCUGAGCUUUUUUGCACAUUUGAAGAUUAUAACUAUACUUUUGUGGUAGUUUGUGUGCCUUCUACAUGCGGUCGGUGUCCUGAGAGAUGCUAGUUUUACCACUAGGCUAAGCCAUCUGUAUUUUUUUAGAUUCAGGAACCUUUAGAUUGACCCAAGCUAUAACUCUUGCCUUUUUUUGUUUUAUUUCAUCAAUCUUUGCCGACAAAAAAGUGUGUGUGCGUGCGUAUGUGUGUGCGUGCAUGUGUGGGCAAAAGGAAAACGUAUGUACCCACAUGAUACAUGUCAGAUUAACGUAGCUCUCUAAGACUAGACUGUUUUCCAGGUGCACAAGUCAUAGCUUUGCAGUCAAUCAUAUCAUAGCGUCGAGGGAAAUGGAUGUUCCCCUGCAAAAAUGAUAGUCUUAAAAAGCUCUUUUUUUGACCACUUAAUAACACCCAGCCCCUGAACACUAGGGGGCACCAACACAGCCCUGAUAUAAUCAGCUCUAUCUCUUGGGGCUCCUUUUUUCCCCCCCUUUCUCCACCACCUGAUGAUUGUAAAAUCCAGUAUUCGCUCGCCAUUUAUUCUCCAUGUGGUCCAGUGAUUUUAAAUAUAUGUUACGCCAGAUGUUUGACUUUUUUUCACGAGCUUAAGAAUGAUUGAGCUGGUUUGCUGGAAAUGGCUGCCUUAUGUGGGGGUGGGGGUUGAUGAGCAAUUGUUGACCAUAUGAAGCAGUGAACCAAAACAACGAGCUGCAGAUUUGAGUGUCUGUUCUCAGUGAAUCCGGCAACGCUAACUACUUCUUAACGUUGCAGUAAAUCUAGAAUUGCAAUGGCCACGACGCUUAAAUCACGACCGAGGUCCCAAAUUUCAAAUAGAGCAAUUUGUCAUUGCCUUUUUAAGUUCAACCAUACCAUUAACAGCUCUCAGACAUGCACUCCAGAUGACGUGUGCGGAAUUGGGUCCAGACUUUCUGCAGAGUUUUCCUCUCACACAUGAACAUUGGAUUAUCUGGAGCGUUAAGGUAACUUAUUUACUCUGCUGCGGAGAUCAUGUGAUUGACAAGUCACCUUAUCUAAAUAUAGAUUUUGCGGUAUCGAAACAACCCUGAUAGGACGGACUCGCAAAACUACAGCUCGAUGCACGUUGUUUUCAUUCACUGCUUUCGGCUUUUUUUAGGUUCAUCAAAAUCACCCAUUUUUCUAUUUUUCUAUUUAAUCUUCCCUUUACUAAUGGAUCUUUAGGAGUUUUCUUACUUUCUUAAGCAGAACUUGAAUAAGCAUUUUUUUUUAUCUGUAUGUGCAAUACAAUAGACAUAGACCUCAUAUCUUAUGUUUCUGGCAGAUUUCAUAGAGCACCAGCUACGGUUAUUGUUAAAGUUACAAAUGUUCACGUUGGUCAAAUUGAGGUGUAUUCUAGCCCUUGAUAAAAUAUCUUAAUAUUCAAAAUGGAAGCACCUCACUAUCCAUCCUGUUUUCCUACCCGUCAUCGGCCGUCAUUGAGACUCGGGGCAAAAGCUCUGCUGACGACUUUACACUCAAGCUUCUCCUGUUACAGUGUCGCUCCGAGUUGGCUCUCUUUUGAAGACAAAAUGAAGAAAGAUGGAGCGGUGGUCAUUCUGUCAUGUUACACUAUAUUUUACACAAUCUUACUUCAUGUAAAAGGCCUUUAUGAGAUGUCCCCCUUGUUACAUAGUUCAAAUUUCACUGUAGAGUUCAGUGCAAUCACUUGCAGUCACACUCACAAAUGCAGAUCAGUCGUUCCCUGAUAAAUGUAUGCUGUGAGAUGGAUGGUGGUUGAAUGUUUGGAUGCAGGGAUGUUUUUUUUUUUGUUGGUCUUCAGCCUACCAUGAUGAAAAAUGUAGCAAAGGUUAAUCUGCAAGUUAAUAUUUAAAGGGGACGCAAGUGUCCGCUAUCCUCCAACAUAUCGAGCUACAACGAAACCAGUGUGUGUUUUUCUCACCAGACACUUUGAGCUGUGGUUGUAGGAAAAGCACCAGUAUUACUGAUGACACUACACAUGUUUCCAUGGACACCACUAUUCUGAUAUUAACCUGAUCAAGACAAGGGUUGGUGAGUUUUACUCUAACCCCACCACCUUUUUUUUUUUUCACAAAUUAAAAAGCUUGAGGCCUCUCGCACAAGUCACGUCUCUUUUAGUGAAGACUCCUUUGGUCCGUAUAGCUAAAGUAGGUCCGGAGGCAGAGGGGUCUAUUUUUUUUUAAAACAUGAAUUCUAGUUCAAAGUCCUCCUGUUACCUUUUAACCACAUCUCUUCCUCAGCAGUAAACUCCUGAACAAACUGCGUUGUUCCCAAACGUCUCUGCUGGGAAACACCAUCUUUUUCAAGAGACAUCUGCAUCUUUCUUUUUUUUAUUCACUGAUGCCCUCCACGCACCGCAGAUCCAAAACCUGCAGCAAGGAGUUUUGAAUGUAUGUCACUUUCAACACAUUGGAACACAACAGGAUUGUGUGUUCAUGAUUCACAAUUACAUAUGGAGCUGAUUAUUAAACUGGUCACACAGAUAAAAAGCCAUAAUUGGACGAAACAUAUUUAUUUUACACACUUAUCAACAAAAUCGUCAUCAUUGUCCUCUCCUUUGAAGAACUCAAUUUCCCAAAAGCCCCUGCAGUUCAAUCUCUUUGGUUUGAUACACGUCUCAAUCACACAAGCAGUAAUUGUUUUUCAAGUCUAUAUGCCUUAGUAUGUGUAAAAAAAAACAAAAUCAGUAUAUUUAGUUAUUCAAGAGAAAAGUCGUUAUAUGGACAUUUCCUGAUGAUGAAUGACAUCCACAGUUUAUUUUACCUCUCGGCGUUUGUUCGUUUAUAUGCUGAUUUUCCUUUUAAAUCAUAUUUUUAAACUGUUGAAUAAAAUUCAAUUUAUUGUUAAAAAAAAAAAAAA